CUUAGUAGACCCUGUAACGCAGAUUUUCUUUCCUUCUGAUACUUUCCUUGUGAGAGACAGACGUGUUUCGUGAGAGAAAAACAGUUAGCGAUAGUUUGUGAUAGUUUGCCAUCGAUAGAAAAUACCAGAGUUUGCUUGAAGAACCAGCGCAAACGGAGAAGCCAUGAACGCCUCCACCAGUUCAAAGGCUCCAAGAGUCCCAGUUAUUACUGUGGACAUGAUCACACCAACGAUCCAAGAUUUCAUUUUGUCCAUCUCCUUGAAGCAGAGCAUGGAUUUGACCUCAGGACAACUUGAUGGUGACACCAAGUCCAAGGUAAAGGAGCUGCUGCUGAAGCUAGAGGAGAAAUGUACCGCCUUCGUUCUGCGUAAAAUCUACAAAGGACGCCUCAGAUCUUUGGACGUGGAAACUGUUGUGGGCGACUCAGUGCUAAGAUCAUUUGCAGACAUCCUUUUGGUUGAAGGAACGACUCCCCCCGAGAAUUUUGACAAGUUUAACAAGUCAUUUGUUAAACAUGUCAAAGGAAAAGUGAGAUCUUCCCUCUGCUGCAUGAAUGAUCCAGCAGCUUCCUUCGUCCUGCAAAUCUCUGAGAAGGACACGGUGGAUUCAAUGGUUCCACUUGCAGUGACAUUGAUAAAGGAGCUGUUAGAGAUGAGAAAUGAAGAACGUCAGCAGAGGCUGCUGCAAAAAGCUGCUGAAGGCCAGCAAAAUGCCCUCAAGGAGCAGCAGACAGGAGAGCUUCACCACCAUGGACGGUACCAGGUGCUUCCGACAAUCCCAGAGGAACCAGAACUUGAAGAGGCAGCAGCAGAGAUGAACGAGGAAAAGGAGUCAGAGUUAAAGAUGGUGGACAGAUUUAUCUCUGAGGAACUAGGAGAGGUCAAAGACGUCCACAUUCCACAGAAGAAAAAGCGUCCUCAGAGCUCUAGGAAGUCCUGCAGUAGGUACCGCCAUGGACGGUACGAGGUGCUACCGGUCACCCCAGAGGAAGCAGAACUUGAAGAGGCACCAGCAGAGAUGAAUGAGGAAAAGGAGUCAGAGUUAAAGAUGGUGGACAGAUUUAUCUCUGAGGAACUAGGAGAGGUCAAAGAAGUCCACAAUCCACAGAAGAAAAAGCGUCCUCAGAGCUCUAGGAAGUCCUGCAGUAGGUACCACCAUGGACGGUACGAGGUGCUACCGGUCACCCCAGAGGAAGCAGAACUUGAAGAGGCACCAGCAGAGAUGAAUGAGGAAAAGGAGUCAGAGUUAAAGAUGGUGGACAGAUUCAUCUCUGAGGAACUAGGAGAGGUCAAAGACGUCCACAGUCCACAGAAGAAAAAGCGUCCUCAGAGCUCUAGGAAGUCCUGCAGUAGGUACCACCAUGGACGGUACGAGGUGCUACCGGUCACCCCAAAGGAACCAGAACUUGAAGAGGCACCAGCAGAGAUGAACGAGGAAAAGGAGUCAGAGUUAAAGAUGGUAGACAGAUUCAUCUCUGAGGAACUAGGAGAGGUCAAAGAAGUCCACAAUCCACAGAAGAAAAAGCGUCCUCAGAGCUCUAGGAAGUCCUGCAGUAGGUACCACCAUGGACGGUACGAGGUGCUACCGGUCACCCCAGAGGAACCAGAACUUGAAGAGGCACCAGCAGAGAUGAAUGAGGAAAAGGAGUCAGAGUUAAAGAUGGUGGACAGAUUCAUCUCCGAGGAACUAGGAGUGGUCAAAGACGUCCACAAUCCACAGAAGAAAAAGCGUCCUCAGAGCUCUAGGAAGUCCUGCAGUAGGUACCGCCAUGGACGGUACGAGGUGCUACCGGUCACCCCAGAGGAACCAGAACUUGAAGAGGCACCAGCAGAGAUGAACGAGGAAAAGGAGUCAGAGUUAAAGAUGGUGGACAGAUUUAUCUCUGAGGAACUAGGAGAGGUCAAAGACGUCCACAAUCCACAGAAGAAAAAGCGUCCUCAGAGCUCCAGGAAGUCCUGCAGUAGGUACCACCAUGGACGGUACGAGGUGCUACCGGUCACCCCAGAGGAAGCAGAACUUGAAGAGGCACCAGCAGAGAUGAAUGAGGAAAAGGAGUCCGAGUUGAAGAUGGUGGAUGAAUUCAUCUCUGAGGAACUUUCAAAGAUUAAUGAGAAAAAGAUGUUGGAGUUAAAGAUGGUGGACAGAUUUAUCUCUGAGGAACUAGGAGAAGUCAAAGACGUCCACAAUCCACAGAAGAAAAAGCGUCCUCAGAGCUCCAGGAAGUCCUGCAGUAGGUACCACCAUGGACGGUACGAGGUGCUACCGGUCACCCCAAAGGAACCAGAACUUGAAGAGGCAGCAGCAGAGAUGAACGAGGAAAUGGUGUCAGAGUUGAAGAUGGUGGAUGAAUUCAUCUGUGAGGAGCUUUCAGAGAUGAAUGAGGAAAAGGAGUCAGAGUUGAAAAUGGUGGAUGAAUUCCUCUGUGGGGAGCUUUCAGAGAUGAAUGAGGAAAAGGAGUCAGAGUUGAAAAUGGUGGACGAAUUCAUCUCUGAAAAUGGAGGCUUGAAGGAUAGAGUUGCUACAGCUACAGCAAAACAGCAGAACAGAGGAGUUGGAGUCAGGAUCCAAAGGUUCCUUCAAAAAUACAGUGAGGGACGAUACAAGAGAGUUUCACCAGAGUUACUGGCUGUUAAAGAGGAACUGAGAGAGCAGGAGACGGAUGUUACAGAAGUUCAAAAAUCUGUGUCAGAGGAGCAGAUUCAUCAAGUAACGAAUGGAAAGGAAAGAGAAGUUAAGCCGGCACCAGAGGCUACCACACAGGUUGAUGAGCCGCUGCCCAUGGAUUCAGGCUCAGAGAAGGAGGAACAGCAGUCAUUCAUCAGCCUGCUGGUUCAUGCACUGGUUAUACAGGCUGUUACUAAAUCAAAGAUGAGGUGCAAAUACACAAAGUUUCAAGAAAUCACUAAGAGGCUGUCUGAGAAACUCUGUGCUGAGGUGGAGGGAGGAGAAUUUAAGAAGAACCAAAGUAGCCUGAAUAAGCUCAGCGCUGACAUCUUGAGAGCCUCUUGUAAAAAGACUGGCUGCUCACACACAAACCUUUUUUCAAUACUGGGCCAUAAGGACUCAAAUGUAGAGGAGGCUGUACUUGCUGUUUGCAAAGAGAAAAUCCUGAAGACAGCCAAGGAACCCAUCCUGAAAAGGUUCUUCUCCUCUGUCGGCAAAGCCCUUUGCAAGCCCUUUAAAAAGGCCUGA